AUGGAAAAUUCCAACUCACUCAGGUCUACAAUGGCCUCCAUACUUUCUCAAAAUCAGGCAUCUGAUAAUGAUAAUCAAUUUAAGAAAGCUAUGGAACCAUUACAAGAGUUAAUAAAAGUUACUGAAAAAAAUAUAUCAGAUUUAAGUGAAAUAAAAGAACAUUCCACAAUGUUAUUAAAACAUCUUAGUAAAAGGGUUCAGGGAAAGUCGAACAAAGAAGUAUUUUUAGACUUUGUAAGUAGAAAUUCACCAAUAAGUGUAAAAAAUUUGAAUGGUAUACAAAAUAGUGAUUAUAGUGUUGAGGCUCUUAGAAAUACUAAGUCACCUAUUAUUAUGCCUCAAUUACCACAUUUUACACAGGAACGAAUAUUGAAUAGUUUGGAUGUUAUUAAUAAUUCAUCCAACAGAAGGGAAAAUUCUUUUUAUAUUGAUGAUAUUAAUAAUAAUGAUCAACAAAAUGAUUUUUCAAAAAUUUCAUAUAAUGAAUGUUUAAUAAAAACUCCAGAAAAUGAAAAAAAUUUAAGAAGAUUAUUAAAUGUACAGAAUUUUCAUGAUACACCUAAAGGUAGAGUAUCAUAUAAUCAUUUAAAUAUUCAUAGUGGUAUUAAAAUGAAAUAUGAUGAAUCACCAGAUUUACGUUCAUCAUCUCAUAUAAGUAAUGUUACAACAUCUGAUAAUGGUAGUAAAAUAGGAUAUGUAACAUUUACCUCACCAAAAAGUUUGCCUUAUUACAAUCAGUCUCCUGUACAAAGUAUUUUUAAUAAAAAUUAUGAUAAAGAUAAAAAGAUGUUUGUUGUUUCUAUUAAAGCAAUAUUAAAAGAAACACCAGGAAUAUCUAUAAUUGGAAGAUUAAUUGGACCAAAAGGAAUGAAUAUUAAAUCUCUUGAAGAAGAAUGUAGAUGUCAAAUAUUUAUUAGAGGAAAAGGAUCAUCUAAAGAUCCUGAAAAGGAGAAGAAAUUAAGUAGACAUCCAUGUGGAGCACAUUUUUCUGAACCUCUUCAUGUUAUUAUUCAAACCUCUGAUGUAGAUUAUAAAAUUGCAAGUGACAGAUUAUUUGAAGCAGUAAAUAAAAUAAAUACUGCAUUAGAUUUCACUAAUAAUGUAAAGCAUUUAACUGUAUUGGAAAAUAUUUCAUGUAAACAAAUUGAUUAUCUUCCAAUAAAUGCUGGAUAUUAA